AUGGCAGGUCUAACCAGCGACGACAGCCAUCCUCACUCCCGAGACUACGGCCUCCAACCCUCCUCCCACCAACAACAAAAAGAAGAUCAACAAGACCAACAAAAUACAAUCCACCACCAUCCCACCGACCGAGCAAGCACCUACAACCUCGAACCCCGGCCCUCGCACCAACGCUCCCACGCCCCCUCCCACUCCAUCGCCGGCCCCCCCGACCCAUCCGCCAACGAUGUCUACAUCGACCCAGAGUACCACAAACAUAACCCGCGGUACAUGAAGAACCAGGAAGAGCCGAUAUGGGGACUCGCGAAACCGCUGCCUCGCGUUGUGCGGUCUGGGACGAAGCGCGACGGCUCGCAGGACCAUGAGAUGUAUCAGCCGGAGAGCAAGGGGGAGUCGGAGGCGGUUCCGGCGAUGGACCAGACGCCGCAUCUAGGGGAUGACCAUUGGAUGGAUGAGGGGGAGGAGCAUAAGGUACGGCAUACGGAGGAUAAGGGGGAUGAGGGGGAGAAUCUGAAUCGGUGGUCGAAGGUGAGGAUGAUGGUCAGAGCGCCGUUGGCGGAGUGGUUGGCUACCACGGUUGCCAUGUUGAUCGGCCUAUGCGGCACAUUAUCCGUCGGCACAGGAGGAACAGCAGCAGGCGGCCGGAUCUGCUUGUACUGGUCCUGGGGCUUUGGCAUCAUGGUCGGCAUCUAUCUGGCCGGUGGUGUCAGCGGUGCUCAUCUCAAUCCUGCUAUCUCCAUUGCAUUAUGGAUCUUCCGCGGAUUCCCGAGUAAGCAGUGCGCAUACUACAUCGUGGCACAGCUGCUGGGCGCACUCACAGCCGGAGGACUCGCGUACUGCAUCUACCGUGACUCGAUCAUCAAUCUCGCGCCGGGCGUGUCUCUCGGCGCGACGGGAUUGGGGUUUUAUACAGAGCCGUUGGCUUUUGUGCGUAAUGUGACGGCGUUCUUUAAUGAGUUUGUUUCGGCUGCGAUCCUCCUCUGCACGAUCUUUGCAAUGGGAGAUAAUAGCAAUGCGCCUCCUGGAGCGGGUAUGCAUUCGUUUAUCAUCGGGUUGAUCAUCUUUGUUUUGGACAUUGGUUUUGGCUAUAACACUGGAGGCUGCUUCAAUCCCGCCCGCGAUCUCGGCCCCAGACUAGUAGCUUUAAUGGCCGGUUACGGAGGCGAAAUCUUCAAAGAACGCAACGGCUGGUGGUUCUGGGGCUCCUGGCUGGCGACGAUAUCCGGUGCUCUGGCGGGGGCAGCGAUGUACGAUAUCUGCAUCUUUAUUGGGGGCGAGUCGCCGGUGAAUUUUCCGCGGCAUAAGAAGAAGAGCAAGAAGGGAGAUCUGGAAAGUGGGAAGAAUGUGCAGAGUUGA